ACCUCGUGUCUUUCCUCUCUGCAACAAGACUCCACCCUUUCUCUGUUCCUUCUCUGCUCAAUUCACGGGAGGAGAAAGAAAGAAAAACAAUCCUAAAGUUUCAAUAUUUAAAACUCUUUCAGCUCACACGAAAAUAAGACAACAAAACAAUGGCUUUCGAAAAGAUCAAGGUUGCCAACCCCAUCGUUGAAAUGGACGGAGAUGAAAUGACCAGAAUUUUCUGGCAAUCAAUAAAGGAUAAGCUUAUUUUCCCCUUUGUGGAGUUGGAUAUCAAGUAUUUUGACCUUGGUCUCCCUCACCGUGAUGCCACUGAUGAUAAAGUCACUGUUGAAAGUGCCGAAGCUGCUCUUAAGUACAACGUAGCAAUCAAGUGUGCAACUAUUACUCCAGAUGAAGAUCGUGUCAAGGAGUUUAAUUUGAAGCAGAUGUGGAAGAGUCCAAAUGGAACAAUCAGGAACAUUUUGAAUGGCACUGUCUUCAGAGAACCAAUUAUUUGCAAAAACAUCCCCCGCCUUGUCCCAGGUUGGACAAAGCCAAUUUGCAUUGGAAGACAUGCUUUUGGCGAUCAAUAUCGAGCAACUGAUGCAGUUAUCAAAGGAGCUGGCAAGCUCAAGCUAGUUUUUGUGCCAGAAGGACAGGAUGAGAAGACUGAGUUGGAGGUUUACAACUUUACAGGUGCUGGUGGGGUGGCGUUGUCCAUGUAUAACACUGAUGAGUCCAUCCGUGCUUUUGCCGAGGCUUCCAUGAACACUGCUUACCAGAAGAAGUGGCCACUUUAUCUCAGCACAAAAAAUACCAUUCUUAAGAAGUAUGAUGGAAGAUUCAAGGACAUCUUUCAAGAAGUCUACGAGGCCAACUGGAAAUCAAAGUAUGAGGCUGCAGGAAUAUGGUAUGAACACCGACUCAUUGAUGAUAUGGUUGCUUAUGCUCUUAAGAGUGAAGGCGGUUAUGUAUGGGCAUGCAAAAACUAUGAUGGAGAUGUGCAGAGUGAUUUCUUGGCCCAAGGUUUUGGAUCUCUUGGCUUGAUGACCUCUGUCUUGGUGUGCCCAGAUGGAAAGACUAUAGAGGCUGAAGCAGCCCAUGGCACAGUUACUCGGCAUUACAGGGUUCACCAGAAAGGUGGUGAAACCAGCACAAACAGUAUUGCCUCUAUUUUUGCUUGGUCAAGAGGACUUGCCCACAGGGCAAAGUUGGAUGACAAUGCCAGACUCUUGGAUUUCACUGAGAAACUAGAGGCAGCCUGUAUCGGUGCUGUGGAGUCUGGCAAGAUGACCAAGGAUCUCGCUCUGCUGAUCCAUGGAUCUAAGGUUAGUAGGGGCCAUUACCUCAAUACCGAGGAGUUCAUUGAUGCUGUGGCAGAGGAGCUGAAAGCCAGACUUUCUAUCAAGGCAUAAGUUUCGAAACCAAUAGAGAUCUUAAUUGAGGUGCUGGUGUCGUUUACAGGACUGCGCAUCCAAACUGAGCUGUGAAGGUAAUAAAGGAGAGGGAAAGAUGGAAGAGUAGGGAACUCAUGAAUUUAAACAACUCAGCUUUAUUUUCUUCUUUCCAGUCUCUUGUUUGAUUCUAUUCAAUAUCAUUUCAACUGUAAUUUUUGUUGCCGACUAGUUCACUGCAAGGCGGCUCAUAAUCUCAAAUCUCUGCUUACUCGAUGGCUAUGUCGAAGAUUGCUUUUAUUUUUAUAUAUAUACACAUAUUCUGUUUUGAGUUAA